GGCAGUGCAGUUGUAGACAGAUAAAAAUCCUCACAACUUCUCUAUCAUUUUUGUGAAAUAAUUGUAGUUAAACGUUACUGGCAUCUGCAUGGCUGGAAAAGUUCUAAUAAUUUGGCUCUGGGCAUGUGUGAAUGUGUGUGAGUGUGAGCCGGCCAUGUUUGGGGAGGUGUCUUCUCCACAGUACCCUCAACCAUAUCCAGCAGAUAUCCUGGAGCAAUGGGACCUGGAGGUGCCACAGGGGUAUCAGAUCCAGCUGACGUUCAAUCACCUGGAUAUUGAGCCCUCUCCAAACUGUAGUCAUGAUUCUCUCAGUCUUGUGUCUGAUAAGAAGGUUCUGGGGAAGUUUUGUGGCCAGAGUUCCACAGACAGAUUUCACCCAGGUCACAAGCCCAUCUUAGUUCCUGGUAAUCAUCUCCAGCUCUUUUUUCAAACUGAUGAUUCAAAUCCUGAAUCACACAUAGGAUUUAAUGCAUCCUACCAGGCUGCUGGCUGUGGAGAUCCAAAACCCUUGUUAAAUGGAGGUGUUCAGUUUAUCAGCGGAUCAAACAAUGAGUAUCAUUCAGUCAUUGAGUAUUACUGCAAUCAGCCAUACUACACAUUUGAAGGAACUCCUAAUGUAACAUACACCUGUACAGAAGACCAGAGAUGGACAACAAAUGACAACAAUGACAAUAUUCCUCCUUGCAUUCCUGAGUGUGGAUUGAACACAGAAGUCUAUUUUCGUGGCAGAGUCUUUGGUGGGAUGCCAGCUAGAUCAGGACAGAUUCCCUGGCAGCUCUUCCAUAAGAGACAAACCAUAGGUGGAGCAUCUCUGAUUAGUGAUUACUGGGCUCUGACAGCGGCUCAUUUGGUAGAUGGAUAUGAAAACACCACCAUGACAUGGCUUGGAGGAACAACUAAUACUCGAGUCAAAAACCCAGUCAUUAUGGAGACAGAGAAAAUUAUAAUUCACCCAAAAUUUCAGAGAGUUGGUACACGUGAUCAGAACAACUUUGAUAAUGACAUUGCACUGAUCAAAAUGUCUGACAGGGUGCCACUCAGUUCAAACCUCAGGCCAGUGUGUCUGCCAAACAAAACACAUGAACAUGUAAUGGAGGGAAUGAUGGGUACAGUAUCAGGCUUUGGAGGGUUUGAGAAGGGCUUAAAAAGUGAAAUUUUACAUUAUGGGCAUAUUAGGGAAUAUUCUUCUGAAGAGUGUGUUUUUGGGGAUAUGCCUGUCACUGAUAACAUGUUCUGUGCUGGAGAUGAUGUUCAACAUACAGACAGUUGUAGAGGUGAUGCUGGGGGUCCUCUGUUCUUACCCAUGUUGGGCUAUGGAACUAAAGAGCAGCGCUACGAGGUGAGGGGCAUUGUGUCAUGGGGUCCUCCAGAAUGCGGUAAUAAAAUGUCUAAAAGUUUUUACACAAAAGUGCAGAACUACCUAGACUGGAUCAGAGAGACAAUGGCAAAGAAUUGACAUGACAUGAGCUUUCUAAAGUUACAAUGUUUAAGCAAGUACAAUAACAUUUAAAAGUAUUGAUUUUAUUAUUUACCUAACUUGUACAUAUGCCCACUGACAUUUGUUUUUAUUUCUCUCCCUUUUUUGUAAUAUGAAUUUUAGAAAACUAAAGAAAAAGAAUGUUAAGUAAAAUAAAUUUUUAAUCAUUAAUUUUUAUUGAUUUACUUGACGUACAAACUCAAAAUAAAAAUUAAAAUAAAAAGCUAUAUAGAUAUGUUAAAAAAACUAUUGAAUAUGACAAAAGCACUAUUAAAAUGAAAACAGAAAAUACAUAAAUAAAAAC